UGGUUAUCUCUACCGCUGCGCCACCGUGCAUAAAUACAAUCAAGCCAAACUCAAGUACAACAGUACGAGUGAAGAGACCAGAGUGCAGAAUAUAGUUUCUCAGCAUUGUAGUGUAGCAGUUCCACAGUGAGAUUGGAAGAUCACUUGGUCUAGUUGGAACUAUAAUUACGGUGCUGCUGUGUUGCAGGUUAACACGGUUUUGUUUGUCAUGAUCAUAUGGAACUUGAGGAAUAUCAAGACUGCCCUGAACACCAAUGUCUCAACCAUCAAGGACUCCAGGAUACGGACCUUCAAGACCAUGGCCCAAUUCGUUGUGUUGGGCUGCUCAUGGGUCAUUGGACUUUUCCAGCUGAACAAGGACACCAUAGUGUUGUCGUAUAUAUUCACCAUUGUAAACGGCUCCCAGGGAGUGUUCAUCUUCCUGGUCCACUGCCUGCUGAACCAGCAGGUGAGGAGAGAAUACAGCAACUGGUUCAGCCGUAUGUGCAAGGGGAAGAAGGCAGAGGUGGCAGACACCUCCUGCCCCAUCGCCAUGAAUGACGGUGAGUGCCGAUGACCAAACGCGCAUGGUGCAUUGCCGCAGCGAACCCCAGCCAGCUGCUGUGACAUGCGCUGCACUGGUGCCCCCUCUCCAAUGCUCCAACACACCCCUCCAUUCCUUCCUCCCCUUCCUGCAUCAUGGUACAGCGGUAGACUUGCUGCCUCACAGCGCCAAAGACCCGGGUUCCAUCUUGACUACGGGU